UAUAACAUUGUUGGUGAUGGUACUCCUCAAGCAUUCAUACCAAUCUUGACUGGAAAAACAGAAGAAGAACUUCCUCUUACACGGAAGCGUUUUAAGGAAGCCAGAUAUGUUGAUGAAGUGUACCCGUUUGUGUGGAGGAAUUUUUCGGACGCUGGUUAUAUCACAUUGUACGCCGAGGAUGCGGCAAGAAUUGGAACCUUUACUUACCGCCUCAAAGUAGGUUUCAAAGACCAGCCAACUGAUCACUAUAUGCGGACAUUUUUCCAAAAAGCGGAGGAAAUGUUGAGUAAUCUGAAAUGUUUGGGAUCAGUGCCACUGCACAAGGAAUGGUUUCGGUACACCAGUGAGUUUAUGGAGAGAUACAGUGCUCCAAAAUUUCUUUUGGCUUUUCACAGUUUGUUAAGUCAUGAUGACAUUAAUUUGGUGGAAGUGGCUGAUGAAGACACAAUGCUGCAUCUCAAAAACCUGAAAGAAAGCGGCGCAUUUGACAAUGCACUCGUCAUUGUUAUGGCUGAUCAUGGACAUCGAUUUGCAGAGUUUCGCGCAACUCAUCAAGGUCAGUUGGAAGAAAGGCUUCCAUUCUUUUCACUGUCACUUCCAAAAAGGUUCAGGGAAGGAAGUGGAAGAACAGCUUGGAAGAAUUUGAAAAUUAAUAAAGAAAGGUUGGUAGUUUUUUAUGAAAUUUGUUUUUAUGCGCUUUGUGCUGUGCAAUGA